AUGGCCUGUUUAGCCUUGCCCUUCCUCAAUUCUAAAAACGACGAGACUGGUGACAGAUGCUUUGAUCGAGCGGAAUCUCGAUACUUGUCCCCUGGAAACAUCUACCCAACGUGGUAUACUAUCCUGGUGGAGUUGGCACCUUCGCCACCACAGCAGUGCUUAAUAUCGUCACAGCGGAUGCUUGCCUAUUCUCCCUUGUACCAGCUCGCAUUUGUCCUGGAUACCCAGAUCUACUUAGUCCAGGCAAAGCUUUUCAUCGAGAUCAUAUUUCUGCUACAGUAUGAACUCGAGCACUAUGGAACCGAUUUCACGCUUCAAUUCAAGUGGCUUCACAACGAGCAAUAG